UUUUGGUUCACCAACAGACAACCGCAUCACAGCCAGAUCCUCUUUUACGAAAUUCUAUCACUUUCAACUUAUAAUAAUCAAAAGAUGCGUUUCUCCCUUUGCUGCGUGAUUCUGUUGGCCGUCGUUGCGGUGAACUACGUCCAAUCCGCCGAUUCCGCCAAGAAGGACGAGAGUGAAGGCCGAAUCUUUUUGAGCACCUUCACAGUCAUCCUGUCGACCGUCACUUCGGUCACCACAAUCGCAACCACUACCACCUGCACCACGUCGACAUCGGCGUUGAAGACCUGCUCGGUUGGCCGACGUCGUCGCGGUCUCUUCUACGACGACGCCGAGAAUCAGGGACGUGCCCGUCGUGGACUCUUCUACAACGACGACGAAGAUUUAGUCAAGGAGGAAUCUGCCCCCGUCAAAAGAUCGGCCCAGACCGUUGAAGCACCUGCCGCUCCUUCCGUGACCAUCGACAAGACCUGGGUCCCACUGACCGUCGAGUCCGGUUUCAGCGUUCCCGAUGGAUCCCCAGUUGCUGGCGGCGCUCGCUUCAAGCUGGCUUACGGGACAUCCACCGUGACUUCAACUUCCACUUCGACGGCCACUCGAUCCUUGACGGCCACCUGUGGCAGCACCACCAGCUUCCAGCUUUGCUCAGGCGCCGGCAAAUAAAGAACCAAUCACCAUAGUGUUGAUUGUGGUCACCUA